GGUUUGUCCAGGCAUUUGGUUUUACGCCACUUUUAACCAGGAAACGAAAUGUCACUUUACUAUCUUCCGUACAUCCGUCGACAUCGUCGUCAUUUUUCUUUCUUUAGCAGUGCGGUAUUAUUACAAGACUUUCUUCGAGCAUAUUUUUCAGCACCACUGCACUGCAAUGAAAAUCAUACUUGCUACAGUCAUAUGCAUAGUAUGUAUCCUGGAGAUGGCACAUGUAGACGCUUGGAGGCGUCGUCGACGACGUCGCAGAUCUUGCUAUCCUGUGAAUUGUGCGUGGGGUAACUGGCAAGGAUGGGGUGCCUGCUCUAUAUCCUGUGGAAGUAAUGGGACAGAAACAAGGAUUCGAACCGUGGUUAGAUCUGCGUCUUGUGGAGGUGCAGCGUGUACUGGUCCGUCGCAGGAACAGAGAGUCUGUUCGCCUGGAUGUAUUCGUGGAACUGCGAUGGCAGGAUAUUGCGCAAAUUGCCCUUUCCCAUACACCGGUAACUGCUGCGAACAGUUCAUUGAAGGUGACCCUUGCACGACACAUAUAGAGCUGAGUCAACCCUGGCGAAGUAUCAGUUAUCCCCCAGAGCAAGACAAUUCUUAUCACUAUACCAACCUGCUCAACUAUUGGUACCGUUUCGUCGGUGGGGGCGGUGGAGACAUGCCGACUAUGUGCAUAAAGGCCAAAAGUUGUGGCGUUUUGAAACCCAUUUGGAUGUCUGGUGAUCAUCCAACUUCUGACGAGGGCGCUGUGAGCAGGACCGUAUGUACUAGUGUAACUGACAACGGAGAAAACAACUGUUGCAUCCGCAUGAACACAAUUGAGGUAAAGAACUGUACCAGGUUUUAUGUCUACAAACUGUUUCAGCCACAGGAUUGCGACGAAGGCUUCUGCGCAGAUAAACCAUGUACAAUCCCCAUUGACGAUCUACUAGGUGAUAAAGAAUCAGAGAUGUGUGAUGACACUGAGCCCAGUAGUGCGCAGGGAGCACGCCUCCCCCAGUCGUCCCCUAUAAAAUAUAAACCAUGUACAAUCCCCAUUGACGAUCUACUAGGUGAUAAAGAAUCAGGGGACGAUCCAGCUUUUUGUGAAUGGGUGGUUUGGAAAUGGGGUGCUUGCGCAAUUGAUGCUGUCGUCAGGGACUGUCAUGUGCCACAUCGCCUGGAUGUAUUCGUGGAACAGCUAUGCAAGGAAGUUGCGCAAAUUGCCCUUUCCCAUACACCGGCAACUGCUGUGAACAGUUCAUUGAAGAUAUUUCGACUUUUGAGUCAAAGCGUACAAAUUCGGUUCACAGGUAAAGACGAACCUUGUCCACCCGGAACAAAGUCAGCGAAUGGUUAUACACCUAACUGUACGGCCGAUCCACCCCCUGACACAUGUACACCGCAAUGUGUUGAGGUAACUGGAUUGUUCCAGUGUAGAUUCGAUGUUCAAUACCAGAGGAACAUAACAUACGACGUCAAUUGGUAUGCUGCAGGAAUUGUUCUUGAUGGCUUCGGGACAUCCGUCUUUGGGAGUAGGCCUAUGGCUACACUGGGAGUACAGCAACUGAUGAGCGUGUUGACAAUCAGUACAACGAUAACCUGUUCCCUGUCAGCACGGUAUAUUCAUGUUGAUGGUACUCCAAUGAGUGAAGCUACGUCACCGAAAGAAAGCAAUACUUGUGACUUUGUACUUACAUGAGGCCUCGUUAUCAUAUCUUAAACUGAGAAUUAUCGGUAGUAUUUACGUACAACAUAAUCGAAAGCUAUAUUUUUCAAUUUUAAAUCCAUGCAUGUGUUUCAUGCUUGGUCUUCUAGUUUUAAUUGAGCAUUUUCGUUAACAAUUGUUAACAUUUUCCGAUAUUAUUGCUUUUAAGCACAGUUUUAUUUGUGUACUGAGUACGACUUGUUGCUGUUAUAUCAAAUACAGGCCUAAGUGCUCUUGCUCGGUUACUGUACAUCGAUUUUAAAAUCCACAAAUAUUGUUAAAGAUCAUUAUACGAUUAUAUGUAUGCUUGUUCUUUCUAUACAAUUCGACUAUUUCUGUAAAUUUUCUAAUUAGACAGUAAAUUAUCUCUUAAUAUAGAAUCAAAGUUCAAAUAGGGGGCUUAUAGGCCUAUUCAACGCCAAUAAAUGUACAUAAUAAAAGAAAUACUAUUGUACAUA